AACUUACAGAGGACCACUUGUGGGAACUUAUAGAGAAGCGAAAAUAUACUGGGGAGCAUUCGCAAGAACAUACAGAGGAGCACUCGCGAGAACUUACAGAGGAAUGUUCAGGACACUCAGAAGAACAUAUGGUGGAGUCUUCGAAAGAACAUUUAGAAGAACAUAUAGUAGAGCACUCAGAAGAAUAUACGGUGGAGCACUUAGAAGAACAUAUGAUAAAGCACUCAGAACAUAUAGCAGAGCAUUCAGAAGAAUAUAUG